AUGGCUCAGCAAGAGGAAAAGCUAAUUGAUUUAAUGGAUCAGACAGCGGAUGAGACAGAGGACCAGACAGCGGAUCAGGCAGAGGAUCAAAUGGAGGGUCUGAUGAGAGACGAGGUACCUGUGCACCUACCCACCACUGAUGAAGAUACCAGCACCACUCUCCCUCCUCCUCUGACUCCCAAUAGGACAGGAGACCAGAAUAAUGACAUACUUCAUCUUAUACACUUUCUGCAGACUUCCAGCAUGCAAGAGCAAGACCGACGACGACAAGAGGAGCAGAACUUCAGACUACAGAUGGAGCUAUCAAGACAGGAAGACAACCAGCGGUUCAUGUCUCUUUUCUCCUUGCUAUCAGGACAGAUUGCGGCAUCACAACCCCAGCAACCUAACCCCAUGAUUGCACCUCCUUUUACACCUGUUCCUCCACCCCCUGGCUUCUCAGAGCAUACACCUACAAUUUCCAGGAAGCCUAAGGUCCAUCCCCCACCUCUCCUGCAACAAGAUGCAAUGUACCAAGUGUUUCGCCAAUGGAGACUCCGUUUUGAGGAUUAUGCAGCAUUAGUUGGACUUGAUAGGUUACAUCAAACUUCCCAGCUGAUUCACCUGAGAACUUGCAUCUCCCUGGACGUCCAGCGCCUGCUUACGCAUACACUGGGCAUCCCCACCAACACAUCACUUUCCCUUACAGAGGUGUUGGAUACACUUCAAAAGCACUUUCACAGCCUCAGAAAUGAAGCCUUACGACGCAGAGAAUUGUUGUCCUGCAAACAGGCUGUCGGAGAAUCAUUUGCAAACUACUACGCACGCCUCAAGGAUCUCGCUGAUGAAGUGGACUUAUGCACUGGCAACCCCACCUCCUGCACUGAACGGCAAUUGCAGAUGGUAAUUUUGAUGGGUGUGAGAGACGAAGAGUUAAUACAACGCCUUAUCCCCCUCCAACCCUCAUCUACCCUCGCAGAGUUCGUGACAUGCUGCCGCUCCUACGAAUCUACACGUGUGACUGCAUCAGCCAUUGCAUCUGCCCCUAGCCAGGUCAACGCAACGCACGGGUCAUUGGCCCGCACUCAGAAAUGCCCUGCUAAGGAAGCUCAGUGCAAGACCUGCCAGAAACAGGGACAUUUUGAGAAGAUAUGCAGGUCGACCAAGAAAAGUCAGACUGGGUAUACAGCUUCACCUCCUCCUAAUAAGUCAAAUCCCAGCUGCCGUUUCGUGGGUGAUAACUUGGGUAGUGAGUCCCCCACACCAGUCACUGUCAUUUUGUUAUUUGGCGAUAUAUCAGCACAAUUCCAGCUAAUCCCCGAUACAGGAGCAGACAUCACAGUGAUUGGCACCAUACAUUUGGAUGCACUCCGCAUACCUCGGACAAGGCUCGAACCUCCACCCAUGACAGACAUUGUGACAGCAGAUGCAUCCCCCAUGACACCGGCUGUAGGAUACUUCCAGGCAACCCUUUGUCUUGGCAACAAGUCUUGUUCAGCAACCAUACAUGUUCAUGAGGAUAUCCAGACUCCCCUCCUCUCCCGUGAACAUUGCCGAGCCCUCGCCAUAGUGUCACCGGAAUUCCCGAAGCCCAUCCUCAAGGUAACACAUGUCAACAGAUGCGCUCAGUUUCCUGCCUAUGCCAUGACGUCACCCACAGCUAUUAAGGACUAUUUUCUUCGGCACUUCAGCGACGUCCUCAUAUCCAAGAAGGAUCUACAAACCCAGCCACUAAAGAAAAUGGCAGGCCCUCUGAUGAGGAUUCACCUGAAACCUGGUGCUACACCAUUCGCUGUGCAUACACCCAGGCCCAUUCCGUUCGCUCUCAGAGAUCAAGUGAAAGAAGAACUUGACUCCUUGGUGCGACAAGGAAUCAUCAGACCAGCAGGCGACGAACCCUCUGAAUGGUGCCAUCCCAUGGUCUUGGUACCCAAGGACAAAGGUGUGCGCAUCACUGUGGAUCACACCCACCUAAAUUCUCAGAUAGCCCGCCCUACACACCCUUCAUCUACGCCCCGUGAUGCCGUCCGCAACAUCUCUCCUACUGCGAAGUACUUCACCACAGCAGAUGCCCUGCAUGGCUAUUGGCAAAUGGAGUUGGCAGAAGAGGACCGCCACCUGACUACAUUUAUAACUCCGUAUGGAAGAUUCCAGCACUGUCGUGGCCCGAUGAGAUUUUCAGCAACAAGUGAUGCAUACUGCCUCCGUGGAGAUAUGGCACUACAAGGUGUUCCCAACUGUGUGAAGGUGGUAGAUGACAUUUUCCUUUCCGAUGAGGAUCUCCCUUCCCACCUACAAUACGUCCACCAAAUGCUGACCAGAGGCCGUCAGUAUGGCAUCACCCUCAACAAGGAGAAAUUUACUGUAGCCGCCCCUAAAGUUAACUUUUGCGGUUAUGUCUUAUCAUUCGAUGGUAUUGCAGCAGACCCCGACAAGGUAUCAGCUAUACGCGACUUCCCUACACCGUCCAAUGUCACAGACGUCAGGUCGUUUAUGGGUCUGGUCAAUCAACUUGCCGACUUCACUCCAGAAAUCGCAGUAGCAGCACAGCCCCUACAUCCACUUAUGAGCCCCAAAUGCUCAUUCGUCUGGACGCCCAACCAUAAGCGAGCAUUUAAGAGUCAAGACAGCUCUGACUUCACCACCUGUCCUGGCACCCUUCAAUCUUGCCUCGCCUGUGGUUCUACAAACAGAUGCCUCACGCCUAUACGGUCUCGGCUAUGCCCUAUUUCAAGUUAA